CGCCACACACAUGUAUCAGCGUCGCGACGCUAAUCGGCUCGGCCCUCACCAGUCCCAAUUCCCAACUCCGACUCUCAAGUUCCAGUCGUGAGGUUAUCGUCAUUCUCGUGCUUGUGUUGUGCUGUGUGGCCUGGUGAACGUGACUUUCCGAUUGCUAAUCAUGGCUGAGAAGAACCCCUAUAAGAAUUUACUGAAAACUAUCAAGAUCGGAGAAACAGAUUGCCAAUACUAUGAUGUCACUAACUUUGGCGAUAAAUAUGAUAAACUGCCCUUUUCCAUAAGAGUUCUCUUGGAAAGUGCAGUUAGAAAUUGUGAUGAAUUCCAAGUAAAAAAGUCUGACGUAGAAAAGAUUUUAGAAUGGGAAAGGAACCAGAAAAUUCCAGAGGGUGUCGAAGUGGCUUUCAAACCAGCAAGAGUUAUUCUACAGGAUUUCACUGGAGUACCAGCAGUAGUAGAUUUUGCUGCAAUGCGAGAUGCCGUGAAGAAACUAGGAGGAGACCCGGAUAAAAUAAAUCCAAUCUGCCCAUCAGACCUUGUUAUCGAUCAUUCUGUCCAAGUUGAUUUUACUAGAGGUGACAAUGCUCUCAAGAAGAACGAAGACCUGGAGUUUGAGCGGAACAAAGAGAGAUUCAUGUUCUUGAAAUGGGGUGCCAAGGCUUUUAAAAACAUGUUGAUCGUUCCUCCGGGAAGUGGAAUCGUUCACCAAGUCAACUUGGAAUAUCUUGCAAGAGUCGUCUUCGACGCCAAUGGUCUUCUGUAUCCUGACAGUGUAGUUGGAACAGACUCUCACACCACAAUGAUUAACGGUCUCGGAGUACUUGGCUGGGGUUGUGGGGGUAUCGAAGCAGAGGCAGUUAUGCUUGGCCAAGCAAUAUCCAUGCUUUUGCCUAAUGUAGUUGGUUACAAACUAGAGGGUGUACUCAACCAAUAUGUUACAUCUACGGAUUUAGUGCUGACAAUUACGAAGAACUUGCGGCAACUUGGAGUUGUUGGAAAAUUCGUUGAAUUCUUUGGGCCAGGAGUAGCGGAGUUGAGCAUCGCAGAUCGAGCAACAAUAUCUAACAUGUGUCCAGAGUAUGGUGCCACUGUUGGAUUCUUUGCUGUAGAUGAACAGAGCUUGGCAUAUCUUAGACAAACGAGUCGUUCUGAUAAACACGUUAAGUACAUCGAAGAAUAUCUCAGGACUGUGAAAAUGCUGAGAAAUUACAACGACUCUAGUCAAGAUCCAGUUUUCUCUGAAGUAGUCACCCUUGAUCUAUCUACUGUAGUCUCCAGUGUUAGUGGACCCAAAAGACCGCACGAUCGAGUAUCCGUUUCCGAAAUGAAGAAGGAUUUCACAAGCUGUCUCUCUGCAAAGAUCGGCUUCAAAGGAUUCGGAUUGAAACCCGAAAAAUUGAAGGUGGAGGCCACAUUCCAAUUCGAAGGCAAGGACUAUAAGUUAAAUCAUGGAGCGGUCGUCAUUGCAGCUAUUACUAGUUGUACCAAUACAAGUAAUCCCAGCGUAAUGCUUGGUGCCGGUCUUUUGGCGCAGAAAGCAGUCAAAGCUGGUCUAACAGUAGCUCCCUAUAUAAAAACUUCUCUAUCUCCGGGUUCUGGAGUAGUAACUUAUUAUCUGAAAGAAAGUGGAGUUAUUCCAAGCCUCACACAAUUAGGAUUUGAUGUUGUGGGCUAUGGUUGUAUGACCUGUAUAGGAAAUAGUGGACCCCUCCCAGACUCGAUGAUAGAUGCAAUUGAAAAGAACGAUCUUGUCUGUUGUGGAGUCCUAUCCGGUAACCGUAACUUUGAGGGCAGAAUUCAUCCGAACACCAGAGCAAAUUAUUUGGCGUCACCUUUAUUGGUAAUUGCAUACGCAAUUGCGGGAACAGUCCUCAUUGAUUUCGAAGCGGAACCUCUUGGAUACAGAGCUGACGGCAAAGCAAUAUACCUGCGAGAUGUAUGGCCAACGCGAGCGGAGAUUCAGGCUGUUGAACAAAAACACGUAAUCCCAGCUAUGUUCAAAGAAGUUUACAGUAAAAUAGAGUCUGGCAGUGGAAGCUGGUCGAGUCUUCAGGCACCCGGAGGCCAGCUAUACCCAUGGGAUGAUGAAUCAACGUACAUAAAACAUCCUCCUUAUUUCGACGGACUCACAAAAACAAUUCCCCCCACGAAUCCCAUCGUAAAAGCUCGUGUCUUACUCAACCUUGGAGACUCGGUUACAACAGACCAUAUCAGCCCAGCUGGUAGCAUUGCAAGAAAUUCUCCAGCUGCGAGAUACCUCGCCAAACGAGGAUUAAAGCCAAAAGAGUUCAAUUCUUAUGGCUCGCGACGUGGUAACGAUGCGGUAAUGGCACGAGGGACAUUCGCUAAUAUUCGAUUAGUGAAUAAAUUCAUUGGCAAAGCUGGUCCUCGUACCAUAUACAUUCCAACUAAUGAAGAAAUGGACAUAUUCGAUGCGGCCGAGAAGUAUGCCGAGGAUAAUGUACCACUUAUAGCACUAGUGGGCAAGGAAUAUGGAUCGGGUUCAUCCAGAGAUUGGGCAGCUAAGGGCCCAUUCUUACAGGGCAUAAAAGCCGUUAUAGCAGAAUCGUACGAAAGAAUACACAGAUCUAAUCUGGUAGGAAUGGGUAUAAUUCCACUGCAGUAUUUACCUGGAGAAUCUGCGGAAUCUCUUGGAUUAACAGGACUGGAAUUAUAUAACAUAAGCAUUCCCGACGAUUAUCGCCCGGGCCAAACUAUCGAAGUAACUACAGAUGAUGGAAAAAAGUUCAACGUACUUGUUCGGUUCGAUACAGAAGUUGACUUGACCUACUUCAGACAUGGAGGUAUUUUAAACUAUAUGAUAAGAACAAUGGUUUGAUAAAAGGAAAAGACGAAAAAAUCGAUUAAUGAUAUUACAACGAUGUAAUUCUAUUAUUGACUUAUAAAUAUUUACUUAAAAAUUAAAAUACGUAUAUAAAUUACAAACGUAAUAAGGAAUUAAAGUAUUAUUUGGGAAAAAGAUAAAGCUCUGGUAUAAUCCUUGAGCUACUGAUAUUUUCGUUAUUUCUAAAUGGUCAUCUAUGGGGCGCUUUCACCAGGAUAAUUACAUGACACAGGUAUCGAACAAUGUACAGGUUUUUCUGAAUAAAUGAGUUAUAUGUAUAUAUGUAUAUACUUGUAUAUAUAUACAUACAUAUGUUAAAAAGACUUGUGAAUAAAGAAAGCUGGGUAAAUUGAAAAA